UUAGGAAAAAUGUUUUUUUAUGGUUUUUAUUGUUAUCAAAGAAAAUAGAUAAUUAAACAUGGCUUAUGCUACCAUGGUUUAUAUGGUUUAUUUGGUGGACUUUUAGUUUACCCUGGUUGAGUAUUAUCCUGUUAGGUAUUAAUUUUUACGAACUUGGUACAUAUUUUUAAUGCAUAUAGUGCAUAUUUUGAAAGUUUUUGUGCAUACUGUUGCAUAUUUUGUAAUUUUUACCAUACAUAUCUACUUCAUAUUUAUAGGAUAUUUUUAGUGCAUAUAAUUCCGGUCUCUCAUUAUUACUCAAGCGAACAUGGUAAAAUAUGUCAAUAUUGAAAAUAUUAUUAUAAUAAUAUAUUAUAAUUGUAGCCGGCAAGACACACGAAGUUGGAAAAAGCGGACAUCCUAGAAAUGACCGUGCGGCACCUGCAGUCGUUGCACCGGAAUGGCAACGCCAGCCGACCACUGGCCCCGACCGCCUGUCCGACGGUCGAACCGUUGUCGUCUUCGUCGUCAACCGCAGCCUUAACAGCGGGGGUCGUUCAAAAGUUCCAGACGGGUUACCAGGAAUGCGCCGGCGAGGUGAACCGGUUCGUUGACCGGUUGGACGGGGUAGACGAAGACAUCAAGAAGAGGCUGAUGUCGCACCUAGACUCGUGCGUGGCCAAAAUGAGGUACGUCGCAGCGGCCGCGGGCACGGUGCCACCACCGCCACCCCCCCCGCGUCCACACGUGAACAAUAGUUACUCGUUGCACCCUCGGAUUGACCAAGCGGCGGCGGCAGCAUUGGCCGCGGCCGCGUCGGUCCCGAUGCCAAGCAGUCGACCGGCCCUACAGCAGCCGCUGUUGGGAGACUUGACGCUCCCUAUCAUCCCACCGACCGUCCCGCCGCCGUCCAUCCCGAAAGCCGGCCGUCUACGGACGAGCGCGUUCACGGCCGUACAUGGCCAGCUCCCGCCACAUGAUGUUGAUCUGACGCCUUUCGUGUAUUGUGACGAACCGGACGUGUCGUCGACCAGCUCGUGGGCCGAAGACAUGGCCGCCGCAGCCACAUCCCUGCAGCACCCACCACUUGAUUUUUCAAUGAAAAAAACGGUGGCCGGGUGCAGCAACAAGAGGCCCCUGGGCGAUAUACCGGUAAACGUUCCUACGGCCGCCGCAUCGUCCUCGCACAAGCAGUCGACGACGGUGGCGUCAAGCGGUAAUGGCCCUACGCCCGCGCAUGUCCGCAGGCCGGAAGCCGUGGCUGCUGCAGUCAGACCGUGCGACGGUCCCGAUUCCGACCCAAACAUGUGGAGGCCCUGGUGACGGCCAUCCGCGAUAAGUCCCAGAUACAUUAUACUUCAGCUGGAGUAGGGCUGGCGGUGUUUUUGGUAUAUACCGGUUAUUACCAGGUAUUGUGUAUAAAUUCUGUAUCCAGUACAUUUGGUAUUUGCCUAUACCGGUAUACCGUAAUUCGGUCGUUACCGUGCCAAGGUGAUUACCAAAAAUAACGUAUUCAUGUCUGUCCUCUGUAUAAAGAGUACCUGCCCGUAUUAUAUAUUUUACAAAUCUAUUUUCGGUGUAGUGCAGUUUAAACCAUAUACGGACAUAAAUGGUUCGUAGUCAUUCUUUGUAAGUAUGUAAACUAUAUGGUGGAUCACGACUUCAAAAACAUUAGGAACCACUGAUCUAGAACGGUUUGUAGAACUUAAACCUUUUUUAUUAUUGCAACACUCCACCCCUUCCUACCACAGUGUUAAUAAAAUAUUUUGUGACCUUUUUUUUAGCCAAUAAUAAUUGCUAACAUAUUUUUUAAAAUAAAUAUUAAAUAUUCCUAGGACGGAGAGAUUGUUUUAGA